AUGUCCGGGCACACCAUUCUUCGAAUCACUCACCAAAAAACCCUCCACGACUAUAGACGACUGUUCAAGUGGGCGAACAAAUAUUCAAUGCUGGAAGAUGAUGUAUGUGCAGCUACCCAACAGAUCCUGGUUACCGGACAGCCGACUAGGAACGAUGCGACAAGAAACUCCAAACCUCCGAGCCAACAGAGGUCGCCCAACUGCAGACAAGGUGAGCAAAGUCAGUCAGAGCCGCCACCGCUUCCACCCCUUACCGUGUCAUAUGAGAAGCUUCUUGCAAUGAUCUACGAGCUGUCCAAUUUUAGAUGGCCCGAACCCCUCAAAGCGGACCCAACCAAGAGAGAUCACAAUAGGAAAUAUGCUUGUCAUAAAGAGCAUGGACAUACUACGAAGCAGUGUAUGAGUCUCCAUUACUUAGUGGAAAAGCUCAUAAGAGUAGGACACCUAAAGCAGUACAUCCGCUCAAGAGCCAAAGGAGGAGAGACUUCCCGGAGUCAAGCCUUCGGAGCCCCCUCAGCUCCGAUCACCCCUAAUGCUGUAAUUAACUACAUUCAUAGUGGACACCUGGACGAAGAGUACAAUUCCAAGCGAAAGAGGCAAAGGCUCCUACAGGCUGCUUCGGUACGCAAACAUAUCAACUCCAUCCGGCCUGGAUUAACUAGCGGGAGCUCCCACCCAAUAGAUGGGACAAUCAUUUUUCCUCCAGUAGACCCCAUACGAAUAUUGCAACCACACCGAGACGCCCUUAUCCUGUCCCUUGGGAUUGGAGACUUCGACGUAAGGCUGAUUUUGGUCUACCCGGGCAGCUCAGUCGACCUCUUGCAGGUAUCAGUAAUCAAACAAAUGGGACUCAUGUCCUGUAUCUUGGAGAACUCGGGGCGAAUUUUGUCAGGAUUCAAUAGAGCUGCAACAACCUCCCUUGAAGACGUUGUGUUACUGGUCCAAGCAAGCCCAGUCAUCCUCAACAUACAAUUCUCAGUGGUGGAAGAUUUAUCCCCCUUCAACGCCAUUUUGGGGCGCACCUAG